AAAAUAGUCGAGAGAAAACUUUGCUUGCUUUUUCUGAAAAAAAAAGGACAAACUAUCAAAGCUCGUUGUAGUGAGCUAGUAGGAUCAAUGGAGCCUAAUCCAUCGUCGUCAUCUUCUUCGCUAAUCGCCCAGCAAACAUGGGAACUUGAGAACAAUAUACUGCCGAUGGAGCCACCGGACCUGUCGUCUGAUUCAAUCUUCUACUACGACGAGGCUGGCCAGGGAAAGUUCCAGCAAGAGAAGCCUUGGGCCAACGAUCCUCACUACUUUAAGCGCGUCAAGAUCUCCGCACUCGCCCUCCUCAAGAUGGUCGUCCACGCACGCUCCGGUGGGACCAUCGAGGUCAUGGGCCUUAUGCAGGGCAAGACCGACGGUGACGCCAUCAUCGUUAUGGAUGCUUUUGCUCUCCCUGUCGAAGGCACCGAGACUAGGGUUAAUGCCCAGGCUGAUGCCUAUGAGUACAUGGUCGAAUAUUCUCAAACCAAUAAGCUGGCUGGACGGUUAGAGAAUGUCGUUGGUUGGUAUCAUUCACAUCCUGGAUACGGAUGCUGGCUUUCUGGAAUUGAUGUUUCAACACAAAUGCUCAACCAGCAAUUUCAGGAGCCCUUCUUAGCUGUUGUUAUUGAUCCAACAAGGACUGUUUCAGCUGGGAAAGUUGAGAUUGGGGCAUUCAGGACAUAUCCAGAAGGAUAUAAGCCUCCAGAUGAUCCUGUCUCUGAGUAUCAGACAAUUCCUCUGAAUAAGAUUGAAGACUUUGGAGUGCAUUGUAAACAGUAUUAUGCAUUGGAUAUCACUUAUUUUAAGUCCUCUCUUGAUUGUCACCUUCUGGAUUUGCUUUGGAACAAGUACUGGGUGAAUACACUUUCAUCUUCACCUUUAUUGGGUAAUGGAGACUAUGUUGCUGGUCAAAUUUCCGACUUAGCUGAGAAGCUGGAGCAAGCAGAGAAUCAACUGGCUCACUCCAGGUUGGGUGGAAUAGUGCCAGGACCUUUUCAAAGAAAGAAAGAGGAAGAAUCUCAACUUGCAAAGAUCACUCGAGACAGUGCAAAGAUAACUGUGGAGCAGGUCCAUGGACUAAUGUCACAGGUUAUCAAGGACAUCCUUUUCAACUCUGUCCGUCAGUCAAACAGAUCUCGCUGUGAGGUGUCUGGCCCCGAGCCAAUGAUUGAAGCAUGAAAGUAUUUGCUGCUAGAUGAAAAGCUUCAAGGUGGCAUAGUAGCUGAGAAAAAGUUCCAAGCGCAUGGCUUUUUGGAGCCCUGCUUCAGAAGCUAUGUAACUUCUUUGCACUUGUGUACGUCCUCCGGGGAUUCAUUGCUAAUGUGCUUUUAUAUCUUGAAGGGUUUUUGUUUAACUAGCGUCUUUUUUCGGCAUUCACAGCUAUUUAAACUAAAGAUUGGUUAAAAAAUCAUUAUGGGGCGGCCCAAAUUUUAGUCAGAAAGGAGUUGAAAUGAUUCAAUUGUUCAUCAUUCACAUAGGUUGGUUACUUACUAUUCUGAUUA